AUUCUCACUUGGAUGUGUUUUUACUUUUAAGAAUAUAAAUAGUUAUUUUUGAAAGUAUAUAUCUGUCUGUACUAGUAUUUUUUGUUGAUUGAUUUCUAUUGAUAUUAAGUUAUGUGUUAGUAGUAUUAUUAUUUUAAGUCUAAUAUUUAUUAGGUAAAAUGUCUCAUAUAUUUGAUAAAAUUAAGAAAACCCUAAUUAUAAACAACAAAUCAUACUCAUACUUCAACCUACCAGAAUUUGGUACAGAAUAUAAUCAAUUACCAUUUUCUGUAAGGGUUCUUUUAGAGUCAGCUGUCCGAAACUGUGAUAAUUUCCAAGUCACAGAAGAAGAUGUUCAAAAAAUUUUGCAAUGGAAAACAAAUCAAACUGUUAAUGGAGGUGUUGAAGUUGCAUUUAAACCAGCUAGGGUUAUUUUACAGGAUUUUACCGGUGUACCUGCAGUUGUAGAUUUUGCUGCUAUGAGAGAUGCUGUUAAAAAUUUAGGCGGCGAUCCCAAUAAAAUUAAUCCCAUUUGUCCUUCUGAUUUAGUUAUUGAUCAUUCUAUUCAAGCCGAUUUCGUCCGAGAAUCUGAUGCUCAACAAAAAAAUGAAAAUCUUGAGUUUGAACGCAACAAGGAAAGAUUUACCUUUUUAAAAUGGGGUGCAAAAGCUUUUAAGAAUAUGCUCAUUGUACCACCUGGAUCUGGUAUUGUACAUCAAGUCAAUUUAGAGUAUUUGGCUCGUGUUGUCUUCACAGAUUGUGAUGUUUUAUACCCAGAUUCUUUAGUUGGCACCGAUUCUCAUACUACUAUGAUUAAUGGUUUAGGAGUUCUUGGAUGGGGAGUCGGAGGUAUUGAAGCUGAAGCUGUUAUGUUAGGCCAAGCUAUAUCAAUGUUGCUUCCACAAGUACUUGGUUAUAAAUUAACAGGAACUCUUAAUCAAUUUGCUACUUCUACUGAUUUAGUUCUUACUAUUACUAAGCAUUUGAGGCAAAUUGGUGUGGUUGGAAAAUUUGUUGAAUUUUUUGGUCCUGGAGUUGCACAAUUAUCAAUUGCUGAUCGAGCAACUAUUAGUAACAUGUGUCCAGAAUAUGGGGCAACAGUUGGUUUUUUUCCUGUUGAUCAAAAUACUCUUUCUUACCUACAGCAAACAAACCGAAGUCAUGAGAAGAUAGCUGCUGUAAAGGCUUACUUGGAAGCUACUAAAAUGUUAAGAAACUAUGAUGAUCCAAAUCAAGAUCCUGUAUUUAGCCAAAUAGCAAAUUUAGAUUUAGGAGAUGUUGUUCCAUCUAUUAGUGGUCCUAAGAGACCUCAUGACAGAGUGUCUGUAUCAGAAGCAAAACAAGAUUUUCUUAGUUGUCUCACCAACAAGAUAGGUUUUAAAGGGUUCAAUAUAAAUCCAGAAAAAUUAAAUGCAUGUGGUGAAUUUGAAUUUAAUAAUCAAAAGUACAUUUUAAAACACGGAUCAGUUGUUAUAGCUGCUAUAACUUCGUGUACAAAUACUAGCAACCCUAGUGUUAUGCUUGGAGCUGGUUUAUUAGCACAAAAUGCUGUACAAGUUGGAUUAUCAGUAGCCCCUUAUAUUAAAACUAGUUUGUCUCCUGGAUCUGGAGUAGUUACUUAUUAUUUAAGAGAGAGUGGAGUUAUGCCAUUUCUUAAACAACUCGGUUUUGAUACUGUGGGUUUUGGAUGCAUGACUUGUAUUGGAAAUUCUGGACCUUUACCUGAGUCUUUAGUGAAUGCUAUUGAAUUGAAUGAUCUUGUUUGUUGCGGUGUGUUAUCUGGAAAUAGAAAUUUUGAAGGCCGUAUACAUCCAAAUACUCGUGCUAACUACUUAGCUUCACCAUUAUUGGUAAUUGCAUAUGCAAUUGCUGGACGUAUUGAUAUUGAUUUUGAAACUGAACCUAUUGGUAUGGGUAAAAAUGGUGUACCAAUAUUUUUAAAAAAUAUUUGGCCAUCUAGAGAACAAAUUCAGAGUGUUGAAAAAAAAACAGUAAUACCAGCAAUGUUCCAAGAUGUUUAUGCUCGAAUUGAAAAUGGUUCUAAUGCCUGGCAGUGCCUUCAAGCCCCAGAUGGACAACUGUAUCCUUGGGAUUUUUCAUCAACCUACAUAAAGAAUCCACCAUUCUUUACUAACAUGACAAAAACUUUGCCAGGUAUUCAGUCUGUAAGACAAGCUCAUGUGUUAUUGUUUCUUGGUGAUUCAGUUACUACCGAUCAUAUAAGUCCUGCUGGAAGUAUUGCUAGAAAUAGUCCAGCAGCUCGUUAUUUAGCUUCAAAAAACAUUACACCCAAAGAUUUUAACUCGUAUGGUUCAAGAAGAGGUAAUGAUGACAUUAUGGCUAGAGGAACAUUUGCAAAUAUACGUCUUGUGAACAAAUUGGUGAAAAAUACUGGACCGAAGACCUUGCACAUUCCUAGUGGACAAGAAUUGGAUGUUUUUGAUGCAGCACAACUAUAUGCUAAAGAAAAUCGCUCAUUAAUUGCUAUUGUUGGUAAAGAUUAUGGAUCAGGAUCUUCAAGAGAUUGGGCAGCCAAAGGACCAUUUUUAUUAGGUAUCAAAGCUGUUAUAGCAGAGUCUUAUGAACGUAUACAUCGCUCAAACUUAGUCGGUAUGGGUAUUAUUCCUUUGCAAUUUCUUUAUGGAGAAAAUGCAGAAACUUUAAAUUUGACUGGUCAUGAAGUUUAUGACAUUAUUAUUCCACAAGACUGUAAGCCAUUGCAUGAAAUUGAAGUCAAAACAAAUACAGGCUUAUCUUUUAAAGCCAUAUUGCGUUUUGAUACUGAAGUAGACAUCUUAUAUCACAAGCAUGGAGGAAUCUUGAACUAUAUGAUAAGAAAAAUGCUUUGAUUUUUAUUUCAUCACUUAUAUAAUUUAAUAUUUAUGAUAUGUAUUAAUUUUAAAAAUUAAUGUAAUUUUAUUGAUUGGUUUAGGUAUAUUACCAUUUAAGUUUAUUACAUUUUAUUUUAUAUACAUUUUUGAAGUAUUUUUGUUUUUUAUUUGAUUAAUUAUAUUAUGUGUUUUAUUAUUGGGUAAUCUUCUUAAUUAUAUAUUUUUUUCAAUGAAUA